GUUCCAGGAUGUGGGGGUGGGGCGCAUUUGAGCUCUGUGGCCCUCAGCAAAAACAAACGAGAACUGCAACUACAGCUGCAGCUUUGACGUUUUUCUGGUGCAGUCCGUUUUUUUUUUUAAUCAGACGCUUGACACUUUGCAGAAUGUUUGUUGUUGUCGUUGUCUCGCUGGUGAGCCAUUUGUGGACGCCAGCUGCAGCCCAAGAGAACAUUUUUGUUAUAACAUCUGUUCCUGACGUGAACGUGACUUUAAACUGCGCUGCAAAGAUGAAGCCGGGGCUCCAGUACUACGCAGUCCGUUGGUACAAGGAGACUGGAGUCCCUCGCCUGAGCGGGCUGGUGUCCAAAACGCUCCCUGAUGGUCAGAUGAUGUGGUACGUGGACGCAGACACGCGGGUCUCUCUGGAGGAGGAGACUCUGAACCUGCGGCUGCCCACAGUGACGUGCUCUGACCAGGCAGUGUACCAGUGUUACCUGGCCGCACCUGUGGGGGAACAGAACAGGAAGGGGAGAGUACGCCUCAGUGUAACAGGCUGCCCCACAGUUAAACCAGCCCACACAGUAGAAGCAGAGCAGCACAGAGGCACUCACAUAGAGAGCACCCCACUGGAGCCACAGGGUUUGCUAAGGAGAGAGAACCUCAUCUUGUGUGGAGCCAUGGGACUGCUGCUCUCUGCUCUCAUGGUUGCUCUUUUCAGCUUCAGAAGCCUGAAGAAAACAUUAUGGACCCAAAACAAAACUCCGGGAAAAGGGCUGUACCCGGAUCCGAACUGUCUGCCGGAAAAGCAAGAUUUACUCUGGAUCCGGAUGCUGGGUCCUCCGCCAAAGAAAUUAGAACCCACAGCAGCUUAAAGGCGCCAAAUUUGAACUUUACUUUUCUUUACUGUCAAACUGCUACAGUAGAAAUGUAUAACGCCAGGCACCCACUUUUAAUUUAGCAUAUUUUAAAUGCUGCCCUUGCAAAGUAUUUUGCACUUAAUAACAUUCUUAAAAAAAUGUGCAUUGGCUAAUAGCUGUAUUGCUAUUAUCGCUGUAAAAGCACUUUAAAUCUAAACCAGGGAGUAAUCUAAGAACCAGGGACUAAACCAGGGCCGUGUUGCAGGCUUUGUCAGUUCCUAGAGGUGGUUGGUAGUAGUGACUUAAAUUAACGUGGGUAGUGACUUAAAUUAACAGCCCAGUGUAAAAUCUGUAGACCACGAGGACUUUAAGAAGACUUUGAGAUAGCUUAUUUGUUUUCACUUUUGUGGUCUGUUCUUAAGAGAAUACUAAUAAGUAGGGCAUAGUUGUACUGAAACAUAUAUUUGAUAUUACGUCCAAAUGAUUAUGGUUAAGGUACACGUUACUGUCCCUGUAGGGAAAUGCAUUCUCUGCAUUUGACCCAUUCAGUGUCACUCUUCCCAGGAGCAGUGGGACCCAUCUCCAGGUCUUGAGCUGGUCUUGGUUAGGACUACCUUAGGUGGAGGAUUUGCACCUAUGGUGCAUGUUUUGGGUUGAUGGGGGAAACUGUAGUGCUCUCAGGAAACUCACCCAGACACAGGAAGAACAUGCAAACCCCACACAGAAACGCUUGGGAAUUGAACCAAGAACGUUCUUGCUGCGAAGCAAGAGUCAUAGCUACUCAGUACUUUGUUUUUAAUACUUCCCCUACUGUCCCUGAAGUCCUCAGAGUGUGAGAUGGUUCAUAUGGCACUAACAUGUGGGAAAUGUUCUUUGGUUCUGGUCCAUGGAGAGAGUUGUUCACAAGCAGAGCUCCUUUAAAGUCUAUUCUUUGAGCCACAGGAGCCAGAGACCUGAGCACAGGACACAUGUGUGAAGUCCUGAGUACUGGUUCUAGCAGCAGUGUUCUGGAUCUACUGCAGCUGUCUUUGGAGAAGUCAGUGAGGAGGCUGUUACAGUCGUCUAAUCUACUGGAGACUAAUGCAUGGAUAAGUCUCUCCAAAUCUGUUUUUGACAUUAUACUAAAAAAGCAAAUAUGAAUAGGUGGAGGUAUAAGAGGCAUAACUGAAUUUUGAGAUUUUGCAUGAAGCAUUGAAAGCAAUAUAAGAGACCUUUUUUUAAUUAAACCAGGACUAAACCAGGACCAAACCAGGACCAAACCAGGACCAAACCAGGACCAAACCAGGACCAAACCAGGACCAAACCAGGACCAAACCAGAACUAAAACAGGACUAAAUCAGAGACUAACCUGGUCUAAACUGAACAUUGAAGUGGUUUUAAAUGUGGAAUUUUUCAUUUUAUUCUGUUAUAUUUUUAAUAAAGUGAAAAUUUACUGACUUCACAUUUUUGACAACUUUAGUGUUCAUGGUUCUUGGAGAGACUCUCACCAACACUACCACUACUAGUACGACUACUAUUACUAUUACUACUUCUGCUACUAUUACUAUUACUACAAUUUUUUAUUUUUUUAAGAUCCUAGCCCAGAGUUUGCCAAAGAACCCCCCCUUGCUCACCUGUACAAGUGGAAUGUAGGUGUGAGCUUCUAGACAGGUGACCCAGAAGAAGAGGAGCAACACGGUGGAGGAGCAGCCUGGUGAAGGAGCAACCCAGUAGAGGGGCAGCCUGGUGAAGGAACGAACUGGUGAAGAAGCAAACUCGUAGAGGGGCAGCCCGGUGGAGGAGCAGCCCGGUGGAGGAGCAGCCCGGUGGAGGAGCAGCCCGGUGGAGGAGCAGCCUGGUGAAGGAGCGACCCGAUGGAGGAGCAACCCGGUGGAGGAGCAACCCGGUGGAGGAGCAACCCGGUGGAGGAGCAACCCGGUGGAGGAGCAGUCUGGUGGAGGAGCGACCCGGUGGAGGAGCAGCCCGGUGGAGGAGCAGCCCGGUGGAGGAGCAGCCCGGUGGAGGAGCAGCCUGGUGGAGGAGCAGCCUGGUGAAGGAGCGACCCGAUGGAGGAGCAACACGGUGGAGGAGCAGUCUGGUGGAGGAGCGACCCGGUGGAGGAGCAGCCUGGUAAAGGAGCGACCCGGUAGAGGGGUAACCCGGUGGAGGAGCAGCUUGGUGGAGGAGCAGCCCCAUGGAGGGGCAGCAGUCCCGUGGAGGGGCAGCAGCCCGGAUACGCAGGACUUGGCCUGGAGUUCUUAAAUGGCCUCACCUGCUAAUAAAAACUGGGGCUCUGUGGAGUAGCUCUAUGGAUCGGGCUUAGGGUUCUGCUACAGUUCUUAAAGAAAUGUGAUCCAUUCUUCAUUUGUUUGAUUUUUUGAGAUGUUUAGCAACACAUUUCAAGCCUUGGCUCCUCUUCCAUUUGUUUUAUCCAUUGCUUUCGUUGCCUGGCUUCCUGUUUUUUCCCUUUUGAUUUCCAGUGAAGUCUGACCUUUUGACCUUUUGAAUGCUUGAAUCUUCCAUAUUUCUUAUUCUUCGUCAACACUUGUUUGAUCUUUUGGAGAUGGUGCUCAAUAUUGUUGGGCACAUGCAUCUUAGUUUUAAUUCUUCUGAUGUUAGAUGAGCACUUAUGGGAACCCCCGUGAUCCUAUCAGACAGUUUUGAAAUGCUUCAGUCACGUAGCGCUGUCUUUAUGAUCCAUGUCUCUGAUCCAUACAACAAAACGCUCAUCACUACAGGGACAUCUUCAUUUCUAGUUUGUAGAAAUCCAAAUCGCAGACAGUUCAGCGGCUUGUUUAGAGUCGGCAAUUUUCUAUUUGACUUCUCUUUGGUGAUCACCAUCAGCAUUACUACUACUAUUACUACUACCACCUCCUCACCCACUGUUCAAAAUAACAACAAGCAAAUAUUCUUAAUUCAAUGGGAGAGUUACUUUUGAAAGAACCUUGGUGGUAUCUUUUCUGUAAGUAUUUUGCCUAAAUGAUUGCUGACUUAUUAAAAUACCCCCUUCUUAAACAAUUCAUGUCCACCUCUAGACUAGAAAAAACAUUUUGGAAUAAAUAAAGAUAAAUAAAGAAAGUGUGUUCAGUGGCCAGCAGAGGGCAGCAUUGAGCUCUAUCUUCUGAAUAUGCUUUUAUGAUUUUCACAUGUUAUAUUUUAGCCUUUAGCCUUUAAGCUACCCUGUGAAAUCUCUUGUGCACUGUGUGAGAUCCUAUAUUACAGAAAAAUAGAGCAAUGUUAUAAUGUUGUUACCUCCUGUGUUUUGUUUCAUUCACACAUGUUUGAGUAACACUUUAUUAUUAGUCUGUCUACAUCUCCAAAGCUCAAAAUGCUCUGUUCCACCUUGUGAUGUCAUGAAGAGAUAGUUUUUUUUUAAGUUAACAGCUCCUUUUACCUUUUGUUCACUAGAGAUGGACAAUACCAAGACUGAAAUGAUCCAAAUGAUUCUAGUGAAGGUGUGUGGAGUUUAAAACCACAGUGGAGCACUUCCUGUAUCACCACAUGACAUCACAAGGUGGAACAGAGUGUUUUCUGUUUGAGAGAAGAUUGAUUCCAGCUCUCACAGAUGAAUGCUGUUGUUGUGUCCUUGGGCAAGACACUUAACCCAGUGUCUGUGUACACUGGUGUAUGAACGUGUGUGUGAAUGGGUGAGUGGUUCCUUGAUGUAAGGUGGAAAAGCGCUAUAUGAACUAAACCAGGACUAAACCAGGACUAAACCAUGACUAAACCAGGACUAAACCAGGACUAAACCAGGACUGGUCAAAAUGCACAGUAAACAAAUAAAUAAAUUGAAUAAAGAAGUAAAAAGCUG